GUUAAAAAUAGAGGAAGUCAAUAAACAAGCACCUGUAAAGAAAAAUGUUUACAUUCCUAUAAUAGACAAAUUCCAAUACACAUUCGUUCCGAUCAGAUGGUGAGUCAGUUUGUAUCUACCUUGAAGGGGUUUUCCACACACGCCCACACACAAUAACAAUGGACCUAUAUACACUGAUAUACACUUAUAGGGAUGAUACUUUUGAACAAUAAUGGCAGCAGGGAACCUUGACCUUCAAGAAUGGCUGAGAUUACUUGACCUUGAACUAUACAAUGAAAAAUUUGCCAGUCUGGGACUGACCAAAGUAGAACAGCUAAAGGAAUUUGGAUUGGAUGACAGCUUUCUCAAUGACCUUGGCAUAACAAAAAUAGGCCACAAACAGCGAAUUCUGAGCAGUAUGUCAAAGUCAUCAACCAUGCCAUCACAAGAAAAUGGUUCUGUCAGAGGACAGGAGCAGGAGGACGAUAUUUAUGAAAAUGUAGGUUGCCCUUCUCCACAUACUAUUAUAAAGAAAAAAGAAGAAAAUGAAGACAUUUAUGUUAACUGCGCUGCUUCAAACUCAAGUGAGGAUAAUAUAUCUCUGAAAUCAGUAGAAAGUGCAGAUGGAGGUGAGGUGAAAAAGAAACCCGUCCCCAGGCCGCGUUUAUCUAAAAUGAAAAAAGAACAAAAAGAAAAGUUUCUUCAGCAACAAUCACUGGAUAAUUUAGACUCAAUUCCACAAAGUCCACCCCCUGUUGCUUCUCCUAGGAAAUGUAACUUGAAUAUGUUUCACUUGUCUGGGGCAACAGUUGAUGAAUCUAGUGCUGAUGAUUUCGACCCUUUUGCUGUGAGUCAUUCUCCAAAAGAGCGUACGAAAUCGACAAAAAAAUAUUCUGAUGAACUAAUGAAUGUAUUUACAUCGGAAUCAAACAGUAGUACACCAGAAAGACCGAGAGGAUUUUCGGACACUUUUGUACACAAUAACUCAGAAAGGUUGUCAGACACUUAUGAUGCUAUAUGGGCAUCGUCAAAUCCUACACAAAACGGUAGUGGAUCUCUGAUGCCCAGAAGGGCAAGUGAUAUGUCGCCCUUCACUCCACCAUUUUUACCCGUACCCUGUGUUAAAGAUACCUUUGAUUUUAAAACUGACGAAAACACAAAAAACUCGGAAAAUGAGCCAAGUGCAUAUGAACCUGUGAAUAUUAACCAAGGGAAAUUAUCCAUUGCGAAAUCUCCUAAACAUAUUUAUGUAAAUGAGGAUUCAAUGAAUUCAGAAUCUCCGCCCCCUCCAUCAUUUCCGCCCCCUGAAUUACCCCCUGGAGAAUCUCUACCGCCAGUCCCGCCAAGAAUUUCAAAUUCAAGUAAUUCAUCUGUAACCUAUUCAAGUGUAAAUAAAAAAAAAAGUGUUAAAAGAAAUGAUGAUAACGAAAGUGAUCCGCUAUAUUCAGACAAAUAUUUGGAAAAAGGAUAUUUCACUUCAACCAAAAUGAAAACGCUCACGUCAACAUCUGGACCAGAUCCCUUCAAUGGCGAAGAUCCUUUCAGUGAUAUGAACUUUCAAAAUGAAUGUCAAACUUUCAACCAACCUGGAGCAGACAAUAUAUUUGACCCUGGUGCGCAGACAGAACCCGCGUUUGAUCCGUUUGGUAUAUAUGAGGUUCGUGACGAUUUUAAUUCUGGUGAUCCAUUAGAGCGAGUGCCACCUGCACCUGAGUGGCAUGAGAGAGGGCAGACACCUAAAGCAGCAGUAAGCUGUAAUUCUGGAUACUCUCUUUAUUCGUUGGCAUCUCCAGUACAAAAUGACAACAGUUCAGAUGAACAAACAUCAGACGGGGAUUUAUCUGACCCCAGUAGUCCAGAGGAUUUAAUACCAGGGGCAACAGGACCCAUAAAUCCAUCGGUGGAUAUCGUUCCAUCUUCUCCUUCACCAAGAAAAGCUAAACAGAAAUCUGGAUAUUUAUGGAAACAAGGAGGAGUGAAAGCAAAUAGAGGUUGGAGAAGACGAUGGGUUGUAUUUGAUGGGAAGACACUCAGAUAUUAUCCUAAUCAUAAGUCACAGAUAUCUAAGAGAAUAAUACCACUUGCUUGUAUGAAUAGAGUUGAAGUUUGUGUCAAGGUAACCAAAAUCAUGCAGUUUGCAAUGGAUAAAAAUGCAGAUCGGUUCAAGUUCAACCUAAUCAACCAGAACAGAACAUUCUUAUUUGCAGCAGAAACUUUGAAUGAAUGUACUCUAUGGGCCAACACAUUAAUGGAAGCUAUAAUUAACUAUGAGAAACCAAAGAAUGGUGAGCCUGAAGGUGGACAGAUGUGUGAUCCAGAUAAAAUGGGUUUCAUUAAAUUUGAGAGGAAAGGAGAACUGUUUGUAGCAAUAAAAGCAGGAAAACUAUGUUACUAUGACUCACAUCAGGAUUACAAGAUUGCUUCACCAAUAAAUGAAAUCGACAUGAAGUUAGCGUCUGUGAAGGAAGUUAGUCGGAACAAAAUGCAACUGUCCACUCACUAUGGGCAUUUUAUAUUACUUUUCACAGAGAAACAAGACUGUGUUUAUUGGAAGAUGGCCAUGGAGGACGCUAUAGCAGACGGUCUUGGAGAUAAUACUGUUUUAGACAGUGUAAGAGAAAACCCAAGUAACCAUUUCUGUGCUGACUGUAGGGCACCAGAUGCUCACUGGGCUUCCAUCAAUAUUGGUAUUGUUCUGUGUAAAAACUGUGCAGGAAUCCACCGAGAUUUUGACCACAGAAUAUCACGUAUAAAAUCUUUACGGAUGGAUACAACUAUAUGGACACCUAGUUUAAUAGAAUUGAUGAAGGCUAUAGGAAAUGAGAAUGCCAACAAGUUCUGGGAGAACAGAUUACAAGCUGUACAUGGUAUCAAUACAGACUCGUCUCCUAUUAAUAGAAAACAAUUCAUUCAAGAUAAAUAUGAGAGGAAGUUGUGGAUCGAUCAACAUCCCCUCAUUGGAGGACUGAAUGAGGAAUUACUUCGGGUUGUUGUAACAGAGGACAUUUUACAGACCAUGAGAAUUGUUUUCUCUGGGGCAGAUAUUUUAUUCACUGACAGUACUACAGGAAAAACAGCUUUUGACCUUGCUAAAGACGAAGGACAAAGAUUGCAGACUGAAUUUCUGUAUCAUAAUGGAGGUGACAGAACAUCCAGAGCUUCUGCUGAUAUUGAUGAGGCUUUGGCAUUAAGGUUACGAGCAGAAAUAACUAUGGAAGGUCACUUGUUAAAAACAGGACCCAGAAAUAGAAAUGCUUUUAUGGACAGAUAUUGUGUGAUAGAACAUGGUUGUUUAAGAUACUUUGUCAAUGAAAAGUCAUCGACAGCUAGAGACAGUAUAGAUAAUGAGAGUAUGUUGUGUGUUCAGGCCGUCACUAAUGUGGAAAAGCAGAGUCGACAGACGGUCAAUUUUGACAAAUUGUUCCAAAAAAUAAUACAGUUGGACUUCAAACAGGAAUUCCCAGCCAGUGACAGGUCAGUACUCAAUCUUAAUAGAGUACGCCAGUUGUCAGUCAGGAGGAGUAUACGCCCAGAUAGUAUGAAGAGAUACCCCAAUGCAUUUGAGUUGAGUACAACAAAAACUACUAGUAACAGAACUUACCUGUUUGCAGCCACGACACAGGAGGAGAAGAUGACGUGGAUGAGAACGCUUACUAAGUUGUUUUGUCCUAUACAUUUUAUCAAAGAAAUACAUGACAAAGAGUUUUCGCUGGCAGGAAAUUUCUACAUGAAGGCAGGGGUUGCAUCGGAAUGGCAGAAAACAUGGAUACUUGUAGAUAGAAAGAUAGUGAGAUAUUUAGAUGAUGAACAAAAGUUACUAGAAAUUGAUCUCAGAAAAGUUUCUAAUAUUCAAUAUGUUGAGCAUGUAGCAGGUCAACCAUGUCCUUUCUCGGCAGAGAGUGGUAAAUGUUUCACCAUUGACAUUCCUGGAAGGUCACUGUACUUCCAAGCAGAUUUACAACGAGAUACAGAAAGACUUUAUGAAGCCUUCGGAAACAGUAUGAAGAUUUAUAAGUUACGACGGGGAGGAGGCCCAACCAUAGAGGACCAACAAUUAACUCCAGAGAAUGUCCCUGUUAUUGUACAUAAAUGUAUCAAGUUUAUUGAGGAUAAUGGUUUUAAAGAUGAAGGUGUAUAUAGAUUAGCUGCCCAAGAUUCUAAAAUACAGAAUGUGUUGUCACGGUUUUUAGCAGAUGCACAUAGCUUAAGUUUACGAAUGGAUUUACACUCAGUCAAUGAGGUUGCUAAUUGUUUAAAAAGAUUCUUUAGACAGCUUAAAGAUCCAUUGUUUACAAAGAUAGCUUACCAAGACUGGAUCAAAUGUGCAGCUAUGGAGAGUGUAGAAUCCAAACUGUCCUUCUAUAAGUUCCAAAUUAAUCAAUUACCACUGGUGAACAAAUGUACAGUGAAGAAACUUAUACUACAUCUAGCAAGUUUGUCCACGUACAGUGCUGAGAACAAGAUGGAUGUAAAGAAUAUUGCCUUAGCAUUUGGUUCAACGCUAAUGAAAGGUGGGGCUGAGAUGAUAGCUCAGAAUCAUUUACCGUUAGAAAUGAGAGUGAUUGAAGAUCUGAUUACACAUCAUAGUGUUCUGUUUGAGGAAGAGGUACAGAAAAUUGAAAGGUCAGAGAGCAUGCUGCAGGCGGUCCAGCAAAAAAUUAAAAUGGCCGAAUUGCAGCAUCGUAAUUCAGCAGUACAUCUUAGUCAGAUUGGUGACAUGAUGGUUACUAUAUUUUACCAGCACAGAACAAAUCAGAGUGAGGUUUAUAGUGCUAAGAGAGGAGGCUCUGUUGGAGAGGCAGUAGAACAUAUGAAGAGGAAGUUUAGAUUAUCACUUGGACAGUGGGUCUUGUAUGAGGUUGUGUAUUCUGAUGUUUUAGAAAGACCAUUACAUCCAAGUGAGUGUCUGCUAGAUGUUGUGAUGUCCUGGAGCAAUUGGGAGGAAGAGUAUAGAAAAAACACACAUCUGGUGAUGAAAUCAGCUGAGAGACUCUUACAACUGGACGAAGUGUAUGAUCCCAACCAUGCACUGUUUGCAGAGUUUAAAUAUAAAGAAAAGAAAGAGAAAUUUAAGAAAUUUUCCUUUGGAUUCAACCAAUCAAAACUGUCCUUGUUCAAGGAUUUAGGGUACAAUACAACGCCAUCAAAAUCCUGGAAAAUAGAAGAUAUGCUUAUAUACUUUGGUGCUGAUCCUAAGAAAAAUGCUCAAAAACUUUCUAAACCCCAAAAUCUACAGUUUGCCUUUUCAUUCUUUAUAAAAGGAGAAAAAAUUGGGAAGGGAGAUAUGCCAUUAUUUGGUAGGACUAUUUGUUGUACAACAGAAAUUGAAUUGGUGAAUUGGAUGGCAGCCUUGUUAAAAGCUAAGCAUCCAGAUGGAUUUUUAUCAUGACAAGGACUUGCAAAAUAGGAUUUGUGCAAUAUGAACUGAUAACCAUUCAACAGGGCACCAGUUAAAGAACACAAAACUGUGUUCUUGUUGUGUCUUUUUCCUUCAGUGUGGAAGAGCAGUGAUACUCGAUCUUCUGAGUGCUUUAAG